AUGGCUUCAUCAUCUGGAACUAAAGAAGUCAAGGGGCUUGAGAAGGUUUAUGUAAGGGGCGAGAACUCUAAUGAUGAUCUUAUAGAUUUCUCAUUCUUGGAUUUUGCACCAGAGACCUUUAAACCAACCUCAAAAUUGUUCGAUGAGCCAUUCCUUAACAUAUUAUGUGAUGAAAAUGUGCUAAAGAGGACUCUUGAUGGAAUGGGAGAUUAUGAUAAUGAAGAUGGUGUUAAGGAGCCAAAUCAUGAUCAUAUUGAUGAUCAAAAUGAUUACGAAGUGGGUGUAAAGUAUAAGGUUCAUGAUCCAAACAUCCAUUGGAAACAAAUGAAGCCUAUAGAAGGACAGUGUUACGAGUCUUGUGCUCAACUCAGUUACAACUGGUUAGCCAAACAUUACUUGAAGGAUAUCAUUAGUAAGCCAAAUAUGACCUUGACUGAGAUGAAAGAAGAUGUAUUUAGGAUGUUUUCAGUAGAAGUGUCUAAGGGGCAAUGUCACAGGGCUAGGAUAAAUGCAAGAGAGAUGAUUAAAGAUAACUUAGAAGAACAUUAUGCAAAGGUAUGGGACUGUGUUGCAGAAAUCCUCAUGUAUAACCCAUGA